UCUAAAAACUCUAAUCCCUGUCAGUCGGCUCCGUAGGAUAGGCAAUGCGAUCUGUCCCUAGCUCCAUUCUCUAUUUUUGUGCUUCCUUGUGCUGCCAAGCCCCUGACGUAAUGCUUCGUGUUAAUUAUUAGCAUGUGGGAAGCUAUGCUGAGACUCUCUGGUUGAACAAGAGCAACUGUAGGGAGAAAAGUUAGUCAAGAUGGCAAAACACACUGACCCAGAGUGAAGGGGCACCGCUCCCCCCAAUUUUGAAAUUGUUGCGCCCGUCCAGCGACCAGCACCACCGAUGCAACUGUGCCUUGAAGUCUUGGGUGCUUCUCAGUGGAGAGUGCCAUCAGGAGUGGAGCUGAAGUGAGAAGCUGUGGAGUAGUGCGGCUCACUGUCCCGCCAACCGCGGCCCCCAGUGCCUAAAGGAGGUUUAGAGGGGCUCCCCUGGAGGCCCCUAUACCUUCCCAUCCUCCUCAUGUUCAGCUCCACGUCAAGCAAGGCAUCACUACGCAGGGAUGACACAACAGCCAAGCUCUGAAUAACAAAGCGCUAACCCUCAUGCACCAAGCACCGCGGGCCCAGGAAGGAAGAGGCCGACAGAAGAAAGGUCUGGAACCGGGACACGUUCUCCCGCUGCCGACGGAACCGCAGGCCUGAGGCCGCCCGCAGAGAGCAGUGUUAUAAUCAUCUAAGGAGCCCAGAGCCAGGGGGAUCCGUCGCUGACCUGUUCUGAACCCAAGCCCAAGAGCCCCGGUCCUAGUGUCCGCCCCGUUUCGUCUCGUCUGGCGUCCGUCCCACGGACCAUGAUGUUUCGCGACCAGGUGGGAGUCCUGGCCGGCUGGUUCAAGGGGUGGAACGAGUGCGAGCAGACCGUGGCUCUGCUCUCCCUCCUCAAGCGGGUCAGCAAAACCCAAGCCCGCUUCCUGCAGCUCUGUCUAGAACACUCGCUGGCGGAAUGCACUGAGCUGCACGUUCUAGAAGGAGAAGCCAACAAUCCAGUGGUCAUCAGCCAGUGGCAGGGCGAGACCAAAGAGCGGGUCAUCUCGCUGGUGCUGAGCCACCUGCCGCUGCUGAAGCCGGGCAACGCGGAGGCCAAGGGAGAGUACAUGCGUCUGCUGCCCAAGAUCCUGGCGCACACCAUCGAGCACGGCCGGCACCUGGAGGAGAGCCGGCAGCUGCUGUCCUACGCCCUCAUCCACCCGGCCACCUCCCUGGAGGACCGCUCGGCCCUGGCGCUCUGGCUCAACCACCUGGAGGAGCGCGCCGCGUCCAGGGGAGACUCGCUGGAGCGAGGGAGCGGAGGAGGAGGAGGCGUGACGUCGGUGGCCGGACAGCAGGGUGGACAUCACGGUGGUGGCGGGGGUGGUGCCCGGCACAUUACCUGUACGCACGCCCACCACCAUGGCUCGACGACCCGGCUCAACGGCUGGCAGGGCUCGCGGGACUCGGGGCUGGGCAGUUGGCAGCCGCCGCAGGGAUGCGAGAACGGACACCUCAGCCUGUACCCAUCCGCCUCCGUGCCUGCCACCAUCAACACCGUGGGCACCGGACAGGGCACCAACGCCAUCCUGUCUGGCGGGCAGCACAGUCCCCUGAAGCGCUCCGUGUCUCUGACCCCUCCCAUGAGCGGGCCGUCCUGCGCGCCUCUGGGCCACGGCUGGCUGUCGCAGGAGGACCUGCGCGCUCGCGGAGGCGGCGGUGGCGGUGGUGUUGUCAUGGCGCCGGACCACGCGCCCCUCUCCCCCCAGAGCAGCGUGGCGUCCUCAGGCAGUGGCGGCAGCGAGCACCUGGACGAAGGCUCCGGACUGGUCGGAGUGGCGCUACGCAGCACCUUUCACGAGGAGGGGAGCGGUAUGCGGGAUGUGCCAGCGUGGCUAAAGAGUUUGCGUCUCCAUAAGUACGCCUCCCUCUUCUCCACCAUGACGUACGACGAGAUGAUGUCACUGACCGAGGAGCAGCUGGAGUCACAGAAUGUCACCAAAGGGGCCAGGCAUAAGAUCAUCAUCAGCAUACAGAAGCUGAAGGAGAGACAGAACAUGCUACGCUCCCUGGAAAAGGACGUUCUGGAGGGGGGGAACCUGCGUGCUCCUCUGCAGGAGCUCCACCAGAUGAUUCUCACACCCAUCAAAUCCUUCAGCUCCGACGAGCCUUCCCAGCAUCCUCUGCUUGGGCCUGAGGGCAAGACCGGACUCCCAGCCUCCCACCUGGCUGCAGGAGAGGCCGAGUCCAGCACCACCAUCAUCUCUGAAGGGGACAUUCCUGGCCAGUUCACCCGGGUCAUGGGCAAAGUGUGCACACAGCUCCUGGUAUCCCGGUCGGAUGAGGAGAAUAUUAGUUCUUACCUGCAGCUCAUUGAUAAGUGCCUGAUUCAUGAGGCUUUCACAGAGACACAGAAGAAGCGCCUGUUGUCAUGGAAACAGCAGGUGCAGAAGCUGUUCCGCUCGUUUCCACGGAAAACUCUCCUGGACAUGGCAGGGUACCGCCAGCAGAGGAGCCGUGGUUUCGGCCAGUCCAGCUCGCUGCCGACGGCCGGCUGUGUGGGCAGCGGUGUGUCGGCGCGGCGGAACCUGCGGCAGUUCGGAAUGCCGUCCCGGAGUCUUCCUGGGGCGCGGCUCGGCCUGCUGGGCACCGCCGGACUCCUCGGACCUACCCCACGCAGCUCCAGCAGUACACCCACCGCACUCAAACAGGGACGCCAGGGUCUGUGGUUUGCCAACCCGGGCGGCAGUAACAGCAUGCCGAGUCGCAGUCACAGCUCAGUCCAGCGGACGCGCUCUCUGCCUGUACACACCAACCCCAACACCAUGGUCAUGUUCCAGCAGGCAGAUUCGCAGGUGCCCGUGACUGAGCCAGACAUCAACAACCGCCUGGAAUCUCUGUGUCUGAGUAUGACUGAACACGCUCUCGGAGAUGGCGUAGACCGGACUUCCACCAUCUGAGGGCAGCGAUGUGGAGACCCAGGAAGGCAGAGCUUCCCUGCCGGAGGCCGCGGGAAAGGUCACCCUGAAGUCACCAAGCCCAACCCCACCCAACCUGCACCACCGGCCAACCCCCAGCCACCCCCACCUGCACAUGCACAUGCACAACCCGCUAGCCAAUGGGAGAGGCAGAAGCCGGGAAGGGGUGGAUCCAAUUAGUGCCAUUUUCAGUUGACAGAGGGAGAAUGAAAGAGGGAGAAUUCACUAAGGCCGGUUCCACUGCCAUUAUGUCCACACUUGAAGCAUAUUCACACAUCAAGGCCUUUUUAAAAAAAAAAAAAAGAAAGAAAAGUAAAAAAGUCACUACACACGUGUCAAAGGAAAGAGUGUGACACCUAGACACCUAGACAUACAACACCUUCAAAGAGCUUCACGCUUUGGGCGAGUGUGUAACCUAGACACCUAGACAUACAACACCUUCAAAGAGCUUCACGCUUUGGGCGAGUGUUUGCCACCGAUGUUUGACGUCCGAUGGUCAGUGUGAGGGAGGUCUGGACACGCUGGACAAGAUGGUGCGAGCGUCACAGGGGGGUAUGAGGGCAGGCCAUAGUGCCCCCCUAUGCACCACCACCACCACCUCCCCACAACCCCACCACCUCCAUCACACAAACACACCUCUGCCCCCCCUCCCCUCCACACACACACACACACACACACACACACCCUCUCUGUAACACACGCCUGUACACACCCUUCCUUGUAAAAACAGAGUGCACCCAGCCAACAUCAAAGCAGCCAUGCUAGCGUAACAUAGCGCUAGUUCCAGUUCACUAAAGCAGCCAUGCUAGCGUAGCGUAGUGCUAGUUCCAGUUCACUACAGCAGCCAUGCUAGCGUAGCGUAGUGCUAGUUCCAGUUCACUACAGCAGAGGAGUACGCACCCCUGGGCAACGCAAAUAGUCUCUGCUGUUUUUAGAGUGUUUCCAGCAAACACACAGGGCUCUGGGAGAAAUAUUUGCUCUGUAAAGGUGCGCAAAUACAACAUUUUGCAAAUAUAUAUAUAUAUGUAUAUAUAUAUAUUUAUGUAUAUGUAUAUAUAUAAUGUUUACAUGGGAUGCUACUUUGAAGGGUACAGGAAGAGUUUGACAAAUUUCAGGUAUGAAUGUUUUCCAUGAUUUUUUUUUUUUUUUUUUUUAACGCCACUACAAAUGUAUUUAAUUCUUCUCUCAAUCAGCCAUUGUCGUAGUUUACAAUUCAGUGGGAGUCUUUUCUUAUUUUAUUUGUUUCACUGGUUGAUUUAUUUUAAGGAAGUCCUGCGGGAUUGAUGACGAUGUGAAGUGAAGGCCAGAGUAGAGCGAUAGAAAGUGAAGUAAGAAGGGAUGGAAUGCGGACGUUGACGUUUGGGAUUUUUAAUGUUUGCUAAAAAUCGGUGAGGUUAUAAGUGACGUGGGGCUAUCAGUAUGUUGUCUCGGUGUGAGGGUAAGUGAGGGGUCAGUUGGUCAGGAGAGAUUUCUGGGGAAAGUGUGAGGUGGCACUCAGUGAAAGUAAAUGGAAUCAGGUCAUUGGUGUUGUGUUCUUAAGCUACUUGUCCUUCCACCAUUUUGUUUUUAACAGUUUGCAUAUGGGUUCCGUCAAACUGGAUCGAGCUCUUUGGAUAUUCUGCAGUGAACAGGUGGUCAUGCAGCCCUUCCCUAGCGGAGCUAGUGGUCAUCGUUUGAGCUGCCUCCCUCCGCGUUAGAGUUGUAAUAUCCACACAGGGCUUUCAGAUGUGUGUGUGAGUGUGUUUGGGUGUGUUACAGGUUCAAGUGACAUAAUGUCAGUGUACUUGGGGCAUAUGGAGCUCUGUAUAUUUUUGCUUUAAUUGACCUGAGGUCAGAAAUAGUGUUUUUUAUCUUUUAAAAACAAACAGUGAAUUGCACACAUGAACUGACAGAAAGACAGAGCGAGGUUUAUGCUGAUUUUCACAGGGUGUCAGACCGAGAGGACUCUACUCGCCCAUCCUGCGUCCAAGCUCUAUUCCGCAGAGCUGUCGUUCACUGUGGGAAAGAUUUUCUUUAGUGAUUAUCUCCAUCUGGUGGCCAAAAGUGGUAGUACAGUACUUCUGCACACUAUGAUAGGUAGUUGUUCUUUUUAUUUUUUUAAUUUUAGACAAAACGAAGCUAGUCGUGUGGCUAGUCGUGUCCUGUAUACUGGUUUCCAGUUGCGUCUUAAUUUAAGUCGUUAGUUAUUUGUGUUUGUGCUAUUUGAUGGAUUUUAAUCAGUGUCGAUGCGAUGAUAAUGAAUAAGCUCUGCAUCAGCAGGUUAUCUGCCACUGUGGUUUUUCACACUUGAAGAUCCUUUGUAUCUUCUGUUCAAAAAGGGGCUCAGAUUUGUUUAAAUCUAAAAGCUUUUUUUGUUUUUAUUUCAAAUUUGUUUGAAUAUGUCAAGGGCCGUUUCAAGCCCUUUUUAAAUGAGGGUUGAAUUUUUUUUUUUCUUGUUCAUUUGUUUUAGCGCUUUAAAAGUUAUUGUUUUUUUUUGUGUGUGUUUUGUUUUGUUUCUGUAGACCGUCUCUCGGGGACGAGGUGGGGUGGAGGGGGACUGGUGUAAACCAGACUCACAUAGAGGAUAGUUCCGGAACAAAUCUAGCCCUGAUGCUGGCCAGAACCAGCCACCAGAGGAGACAGACAGACACACACACACACACACACACAAAGAGCAAGGCUCUCUUCCAGAACCAUGCUAUCUGUCAUGCAAUGCAGAGCGAUCCUCAGAGUGUGACGGCUCUAAGAUGGUCGAGGUCAGUGUCCGCCCCCUCUCCCCUGGUGGUGAUGACCCCGCUGGUGCCCCCUGGCGUAGAGACUCCCUCUAGUGCGCAACAUGCGUAAUGGCGGCGCGCAGCAGUGCAGCGGCUUCUCCAGCUCCCGGUGUAACUGGGAAAAACCAAAUACUGUCUCUAGUGACCCCUCUGCUGUGACCCCUCUGCUGUGACCCCUCCGCUUGGUGCCCCCUCUGCUGUGACCCCUCUGCUGUGACCCCUCUGCUGUGACCCCUCCCGCUUGGGUGCCCCCUCUGCUGUGGACCCCUCUGCUUGGUGCCCCCUCUGCUUGGUGACCCCUCUGCUGUGACCCCUCUGCUGUGACCCCUCCGCUUGGUGCCCCCUCUGCUGUGACCCCUCUGCUGUGACCCCUCUGCUUGGUGACCCCUCUGCUUGGUGCCCCCUCUGCUGUGACCCCUCUGCUUGGUGCCCCCUCUGCUUGGUGCCCCCUCUGCUUGGUGACCCCUCUGCUGUGACCCCUCUGCUGUGACCCCUCUGCUUGGUGCCCCCUCUGCUUGGUGACCCCUCUGCUUGGUGCCUGUUCAAAGACGCCCCCCUGAAACCAUCCAUGCUUGGGUGAAAUUGCCCAAAUGGAUUCCUUCUUACAGCGUGCCCUGGCCUCUUGUCAGAGCUGACAGAGGGAGACGGGACGAGUUAACGAGCAGAAAAGAUGAGUGCAGAACGCCUUGCCUCCUCUAUGCCCAGUAAGAUGAGUGCAGAACGCCUCCUCUUCUCUCCUCUCCUCUCCUCUACACAGAGUAUUAAAAGGGAGGCAGGGAGAGAGAGCGAUUGUGUGUUAUGCACAGUGACAGGUCUAUCCAUGUUUGGGUGAAAUUGCCCAAAUGGAUUCCUUGUGUUUUGAGCCGGUGUGAGGGCUUGUGUGUGUGUGUGUGUGUGUGUGUGUGUGCAUGUGUGUGUGUGUGUGUUUAGUGAAUCGUUGUGGCGCCACGUCCGAGUGGUCUGUCACAGCUAGGUGAUUUGCCUUUAGCUCAAAGAGGAGAGAGAGAGUGUGUGUGUGUGUGUCUCCAAGGAGACAAUGGGUCACUCCUGUCCGAGUGAGUCUUCUGCCGCCUUCCUGUGCAUGCCCAGCCUUAAGCAGGAGUGUGACUUUAAGCGUUGCGUUAAAAGCAGGAGUUUGACUUUAAGCAUUGCAUUAAAAGCAGGAUUGUUACUUUAAGCAUUGCGUUAAAAGCAGGAGUGUGACUUUAAGCAUUGCGUUAAAAGCAUGUCAGCUAAUGUUUUGGCAUAGCUAUGGAACCAUUGCCUGGCUUCAUGUGUCAUUAUAACAGGUGCCUCUUUGUCUGAGAUUUUAUAAACUUUUAUAAACUUACACAGACGUUGAAGCCCCAUCUCACUGCCAUUUGAAUAGAUAUUAUUAGCUCAUUCAAAUAAUUAUUUAUUCUUGUUUUUUUCUAUUAAUGUUUCAGAGAUGACUAUUGUAUUCGUUAGGUGUAUUAUUUAAGAUACCAUAUAUAUUAACUUGCUAUGGCUGGUAACCAUAUGUACAUCUCAAAUAUCAACAUAGUUAUUUUUGUUUUAUUUUGAACUAUAAUCUCCAUGUGUAUUUGAUAGUUUUGAAAGAUAGACAUAUCAGUCGUUUCUCUCAGACUUCUUUCCUUUGCUGAUGAUGAGACACUUCAGUAGUAGUCCUCAGUGCCUAUGGUAAGUGUGGAGGGAGUAGUUUGUUUGGCUUGUUGUGAUGGGAGAGCUCCUGGUCAGCUCCUGGUCAGUGCAGUCAGGUGACCGAGUGCCUGAGGUACUCACACAGAGCUACAGGUCACCGAAAGCUGUUGUUGUUAUUGUUGUUUUCAUUGUUUUAUUUUUUUUUUCCAAAUGUCAAAAACACUUUCUACAUGGAACCAUGUCACCUCAGCGAAACUGAAUAAAAAACUACCAGACAAAGCAAACGCAUGGCGAUGAGCAACAGACACAAAGUAUCACGUAGACCGCGUGUCUCUGGCGAACGCUUGGACACGAUGAGGGACACGCAGAGACAGAGACCGCUCUGUGUGCUCUGCACUGCGCUAUUCUCCCAGACGCAAAAAAAUCCCAGACAGGAGAAACAGGCCCUGGCCCGGCCACACCAUGCCAAUCCACAUGUCUGCCACCAGGGGGCGCCAGAUGGACCCAUGGGAUGAGAUUUGGGCCCCCACCCCCCGUGUCCAGGGACUCUCAUGGUGUGUGCCAUCUAUACUCGUCUUGGCCAAAGUCCUUUUUGGGAACGUGCUAGAGGCACAUCAGAGUCAGAGACGCUCUGGAGGCGCUGGCUGUUGGAGAGAUGAGGUGUUGGUAUAAGAGCUCAGAUGGAGUUUUGGUAUGAGAGCUCAGAUGGGGUGUUGGUAUGAGAGCUCAGAUGGGGUUUUGGUAUGAGAGCUCAGAUGGGGUGUUGGUAUGAGAGCUCAGAUGGGGUGUUGGAAUGAGAGCUCAGAUGAGAUGUUGGAAUGAGAGCUCAGCCUCCAGUGGACGCGAAGCUGGCACGUCUCCUUUAAGUGCAAACAGCUGAUAACAUAGGUCACCUGUGCAGAGUGGACGCUGCAAACCCACAGUAUUACUGUUUAGAUGCUACCUUGAUAUUCCAAAAAAAAUGAUAUAUACUAUUUAAUUUAGUGUAAAUGAAGCCUUUUUUUUACAGUUUCUUUAGUUUGUUUUGUUUUUUCAAGAAUCUGCAUGUUAGUCCUAUUGCAUUGUCUAUGUGAUGAGAUGUGUUUUCUUUUGUUUUUCAGUUUUGUUUUAUAAACUCAUGCAUCCAUACUGUAAUGGCCCUGCCGCUUUACUGUGCCGCUCCUUGGAUUUUUCUAUUUUUUUUUGUUUUUUUGUUAUUCUCAAGAGCCGAUGUCCUGUAUUGACUGCAGGCUUACAUAUAUAUAAAUAUAUAUUUUAAAAAGAAUAUCUUACGUUUAAAAAAAAAAACACCAAAAAUGUACUAAAAAGAAUGGGAAAAAGACAAAAAAUAUGUAAUUUAUAUUUUAGAAAUGCAUGCAAGAGGCUGGGAAGUCAUACUUAGGAUAACAAAUGGCAGUGCCUUUUUUGUACUCUGACAUUUACCCAAAAUGUAAAUGGUUUUAUAUGGACUUUAAAGUGUAAUAAUAUUUCAGAGGAAAGCAACUACAGAUGUGUUUGGCGGCUGGCUGGCGAAUGGUGACAUCAUUACAAACCACAAACAUUAUUGGUUCAGAGACAGCAUACUCUCCUGCUGGGGUUGCAGACAGACGAGACACAACAGCUUUACUUGUUUUCGUGCCGGUCCCAGCGAUGUCAGCUUCUUGGGCUCCAGUACUCUGUAGGUACUUUCAAUGCUGAUAUGAAGUAAAGAGAUACACCUGACUGUACAACAAACAAACAGAUGUAUAUAUAAAUAUAUAUUAUAUAUAUUUGUCUAUGUGUGUGUGACUAUGUGUUGGUGUGUGUGUGUGUGUGAGAGUAUGGAUUGUGUCUUCUGUAAGUGUAUACAUAUGUCCUAUGUCCUCAGAAAACAAAAAUACCAGUAAUGCUGCGCCCACUAUUUUCCUCUUUUUUUCUUCUUUCCUCUAAGGAUGACUUAAACGCACGUACAGUAGGGUGUCAUGAGUCCUGGGGGCAGGGAGUCCAAGUCUGUACUUAAACGCACAUACAGUAGGGUGUCAUGAGUCCUGGGGGCAGGGAGUCCAAGUCUGUACUUCGCUUAUGACUCUGGGAUCCCGUACAGUGCAGUAGUUCACAGAUCUGGACUGAUCCGUUUCUACUGACUCUCCAUUGAAGGCUCUCCCUGCUAGAGCUCUCGUGGAGUGGGAACCCCUCGACACACCUACACCGUGUCAUGUCCAGUCCCACGGGCAGACGGGAUGAUUCAGUGACGACCGAUUCAGCUGCUGAAGUCCAUUAGAAUCCGUGGAAUUCAGCAACUAAACGUCUGAUUGUAUUAUCACAUUAACCUGUCCAGAGAUCCCAAACGCGUACACUACAUACAUAUAUAUACCCAUGGUUCAUAUACGCCGCGUAUCUUCAGUGGAGACUCCAUUCAUGCGUUGUGUGCAUUAGAAUGUGUGUGUGUGUGUGUGUGUGUGUUAUGUUGUGAGACAGAACGUUGUGUACUGUGUGUACAACUGAUGGGAGAGACGUGGUGUGUAAUCUGUCGGGGAGCUGUCAUGAUUUUGAAUGUCCUUUUUUGUUUGUCGUUUGUUUGUUGUUGUUGUUCUAUGGGGUCUGUGUUACAUGCUUGAUGUCUUUGUAAUAACCACAGACAAAAAAGUAUUAAAGAGUAACUUUGGAAAAA